GAUAUAAUGAGCAGUCAUAGAACUCAAAUCUAGAAAGAGAGUUAACAAUGGCGAAUUCAAAAUAUUCCCUAAUACAACUCCUCCUUCUCCUACUCAUCUUCUCUCUUCUCACCGCCGCCGACGAUUCCGCCGUCAUGACCAAACUCGCCGCCGGCAUCUCUCCUUCCCGCAAAACCUGGACCGGUACAAACUACUGUUCAUGGCAAGGCAUUAGAUGCGAUACAUCUACAAACAGAGUAAUCUCCAUCAAUCUAGAUUCCGCAUCUCUCUCCGGCACUCUCCCCUCCGAUCUAAACCAGCUCUCUCAGCUCACCACACUCGCCUUACAAAGAAACAGUCUCUCCGGCGUUCUUCCUUCCCUAUCAAAUCUCUCAUCUCUCCAAGAAGUUUAUCUCGACGGUAACAGUUUCACAUCUAUUCCUUCCGAUUUCUUCGUAGGUCUAACUGCACUGCGUGAGAUUUCUAUAUCCGAUAAUAUUGCUCUAGCGCCUUGGUCUAUUCCAGAUUCCAUGACUCAGUGUGGAAGCUUGGUGACUUUCACCGCUAGUAACGCUAGUUUAACUGGUUCCAUUCCGGAUAUCUUCAAUUCCUUCCCAAGCUUGCAGAAUCUAAGACUAUCUUACAAUAAUCUGACUGGAUCUCUUCCUUCUACCUUCGCUGGCUCUGAGAUCUCGAAUUUAUGGAUCAAUAACCAGUUCAACGGACUAUCUGGAACCGUUGAAGUUCUCUCUUCCAUGAAUCAACUUUCACAAGUUUGGCUACAAGCGAAUGGAUUCACCGGACCGAUUCCAGACCUAUCAAAUUGCACGAAUCUGUUCGAUCUACAGAUGCGGGAUAAUCAAUUCACCGGUAUUGUUCCACCUUCUUUAAUGAAUCUUCCUAAUCUGCAAAACAUUUCCUUACAGAACAACAAAUUGCAAGGUCCGUUCCCUGUUUUCGGUUCUAAAGUUCAAUCUACAGUAAAUCCUACCAAUAGUUUCUGUCAAACCUCCCCGGGGCCGUGCGAUCCUCAAGUGACUACACUUCUUGAGGUCGCCGGAGCUCUAGGUUAUCCGACGAGCUUAGCUCAGUCAUGGACAGGGAAUGACGCUUGCCAGAGCUGGCCGUUUGUUACUUGCGAUUCGCAGCAAAAGAAUGUGACUCUUGUGAACUUAAGUAAUAAGAAAUUUUCAGGAACUAUAUCUCCUGCGUUCGCGAAUCUGACUUCACUUAGAACUUUGUUGUUGAAUGAUAAUAGUCUCACAGGUAUUAUCCCUCAGAUUCUAACUAACAUGCCUCAGUUGGUAACGAUUGAUGUAGCUAAUAACAAUCUUAGUGGUCCAAUUCCUGUAUUUCCAUCAACGAUCAAGUUUACUCAUAACGGAAAUCCGUUUCUCGGUACGAAUAUCACCACCGGAGGCGAUCAAACUCCGGGAUCUGGAUCGAACACAUCCUCUCCCGGUCAAGGUGGAUCGGCAAAAGCUUCUUCUGUAUCGGCUGGUAUGAUCGCCGGUAUCGUAAUUGCAGUCACACUAUUUGUUAUGGUUGUGUUAUUCGUAUCGUACAAAUGCUACAUCAAGAAACGACAUCAGAGAUUCGGUAGGGUUGAAGGAUCCGAAAUGGAGAAGAGCGUUACCACUAGCAGUAUAAAUGGAGUAAUCGGAGGAGGAGGAGGAGGAGUGGUUGAGUUACAGAGUCAGAGCAGCGGGGAACACAACGAGAUGACGGUUUUAGAAGGAGGAGGUAGCGUGAGCAUCUCAAUCCAAGUCCUUAGACAGGUGACGAACAAUUUCAACGAAGAGAAUGUGUUGGGUAGAGGUGGAUUCGGAGUGGUUUACAAAGGAGAGUUACACGAUGGAACUCAAAUCGCGGUGAAAAGAAUGGAAUCGAGUGGUGGAAUAAGUUCUAAAGGAAUGAACGAGUUUCAAGCAGAAAUUGCUGUCUUGACGAAAGUGAGACACAGGCAUCUUGUUGCUCUUCUUGGUUAUUGCAUAAACGGGAACGAAAGGCUUUUGGUUUAUGAAUACAUGCCUCAAGGAACAUUAGCUCAACAUUUGUUUGAAUGGAGGAUACAUGGUUAUCAUCCUUUAACUUGGAAACAGAGGGUUACGAUGGCAUUGGAUGUGGCUCGAGGAGUUGAGUAUCUACACAGCUUAGCACAACAGAGUUUCAUACAUAGAGAUUUAAAACCUUCAAACAUUCUUCUUGGUGAUGAUAUGAGGGCUAAAGUUGCAGAUUUCGGUUUGGUCAAGAAUUCUCCUGAUGGAAAAUUCUCUAUGGAGACUAAAUUGGCUGGUACAUUUGGCUAUCUUGCUCCUGAAUAUGCAGCUACUGGGAGAGUGACAACAAAAGUAGACGUAUACGCAUUCGGAGUUGUAUUAAUGGAGAUAAUAACAGGAAGAAAAGCCCUAGAUGAGAAUAUGCCAGACGAAAGGUGUCAUCUGGUAACAUGGUUCCGAAGAGUUCUAAUAAGCAAAGAGAAUAUCAAGAAAGCAGUGGACGAAACACUAUUGGAUGGGAGUGACAACGACAAGGACGAAGAAACAUACGAGAGCAUUUGUAAGGUGGCGGAACUGGCAGGAUACUGCACAGCCCGCGAGCCAUAUCAAAGACCUGACAUGGGUCAUGCGGUUAAUGUGUUGGGACCGUUAGUUGAACAAUGGAAACCCUCUUCUCAAGAACACGAGGAUAGUUAUGGAAUUGAUCUACAUAUGAGUCUACCUCAAGCUCUUAGAAGAUGGCAAGCUGAUGAAGGAACUUCGACUAUGUUUGCAAUCGGAGAUUCAACCACGUUUAGCCAUAGCCAAUCGAGUAUUCCUUCUAAACCUUCUGGAUUCGCAGACACUUUCAGUUCAAUGGAUUGCAGAUGAUGAUCAUGAUGAUGAAGAUACAAUUAAAUUAAUUAUUCAUUCAUUAUAACUAAUUCUACAAUUGAUUGAUGAUUAUGGAGGUUAGGUAAAAAUGGUUAAUUUUUGUUUUUGUUUUAAUGUUGUUGUUGUAUUCAAUAUCUCACAUUCUUUAAUUGAUAUUAUUAUUUGAGUGGUUUUGAUUUGAAUGGUAUGAAAUUAAUUUGCAUA